AUGGCACCUGGAAAGACGCCUGCAGAGAACAUGCUUUGGGGUGGCCGCUUCACAGGCGGCCUCGAUCCCCUCAUGCUCAAGUACAAUGCGAGUAUAGGAUACGACAAGCUCCUGUUCAAGGAGGAUAUCCUCGGCAGCAUCGCGUUUGCGCGCGCCAACGCAAAGUCCGGCAUCAUCACCAACGACGAGUUUUCCGAAAUCGAGAGGGGACUCCGGGAGGUGCAGAAGGAGUGGGAGGCUGAUACCUUUGUCAUCAUGCCCAACGACGAAGAUAUCCACACUGCCAACGAGCGCCGGCUCGGCGAGAUCAUCGGCAAGGACAUCGCCGGCAAGCUGCACACCGGUCGCAGUCGCAAUGAGCAGGUCGCCUGUGACAUGCGCCUGUGGCUGAACAACCAGAUCAAGGAGAUUGAGAGCCACCUGGUCGCCUUUAUCGAGGUGAUUGCCGCCCGCGCCGAGGCGGAGGUUGGCAUUCUCAUGCCUGGAUAUACCCAUCUCCAGCGCGCCAUGCCGGUCCGGUGGUCGCAGCACCUGCUGUCGUACGGCUUCGCCUUCCAGAGUGAUCUCGACCGUCUGCGCGAGGUUUCCAAGCGCGUGAACAGGAGCCCGCUCGGCGCUGGUGCUCUCGCCGGCAACGGCUUCAACAUCGACCGCGAUAUGAUGGCUGAGGAGCUGGGCUUCACAGGCCUCCUGUGGAACUCCAUGGGCGCCGUUGGCGACAGAGACUUCGUCACUGAGUUCCUGCAAUGGGGAAGCAUGUUCAUGCAACAUACUUCUCGAUGGGCCGAGGAUCUCAUCCUGUACUCCUCUUCAGAAUUCGGCUUCAUUUCAAUCGCCGAUGCGUACUCCACUGGAAGUUCGUUGAUGCCGAACAAGAAGAACCCGGAUGGCUUGGAGUUGUUGCGCGGAAAGGCUGGUCGAACCUUUGGCCACAUGGCCGGCCUGAUGAUGACCCAGAAGGGUCUCCCCAGCACAUACCAAAAGGAUUUGCAGGAGAGUUGGGAGCCCAUGUUGGACCACGUCAAGACCAUCUCUGAUAGUCUUCAGAUCGCACAGGGCAUUCUCGUCACUCUGACCGUCAGGCCAGAGCGCAUGAAGGCUGCCCUGGACCCUUUCAUGCUGGCUACCGAUCUGGCUGAUUACCUCGUACGAAAGGGCGUCCCCUUCCGCGAGACGCACCACAUUUCUGGCCGAUGCGUCGCCGAGAGCGAGAAGCGCGGUAUCCCGAUGAACGAGCUCUCGCUGGAGCAAUUGCAGGCUAUUGACAGCCGAUUUGGGGAGGAUGUUGCGCAGACGUUUGACUAUGAGAGGAGCGUCGAGAUGAGGGCGUCCAAGGGUGGUACGAGCCGGGCCAAGGUUCUGGAGCAGGUCCAGGUUCUUAAGGGCAUGCUUGCUUAG